AUGCGGACACGCCUCUUCUGGCUGAUCCAGGCCGCCGUGCUGGUUGGCCUUUUCUUUCUGCUGCAUCGCAAUGCACGUUCCAGCACAACGGUGCCGCCACAUGCCGCACGGGUGGUCCCGGACGAGAUCGCCAUCCCGCACACCGUCCAUCAGCUCUUCGUGCCCAUGGCGGGCCACGCGGUGUCCAGCUUCCAUCCGGAUGCGCAUAGCAUCUCCUGGCUACAAUCGGGGUGGAAAGUGGAGUACUGGGGGGAGGACUCCUGUCUCGAGCUGGCCCGGGAACUCGACGUGUCCGGCUCCUACGCUAAAACAUUCCAGGCCCUGCCGGUUCCCAUUCUCAAGUCGGACUUCUGUCGCUAUCUGAUCCUGUUCGGGCGGGGCGGUGUCUACAAUGAUCUCGAUGUCCACCUGCUCCAACCCUUGCCGUGGCCGAUCAUGGGCCCGGCCGCGAACGCCGACGAGGGAGCCCCGGCCGUGAUUGUCGGGUUGGAAGGCGAUGCGUCCACGACCGGACUCCCCCGAUCUCCGCAGUUUGUCCAAUGGACAAUGGCAUCGGUUCCCGGCCAUCCCAUCUUCCGCCAGGUGUUGCAAUCCAUCGUCGACCGGACAGCCCAGUAUACCCCACCGACGCGGGAAGACGAUGCGGAGGUCGACGUGAUGGGCUGGACCGGCCCCAGUGUGUGGACCGACGCCGUGCUGGGGUAUCUCAACUGCGCGGACGAGCAGGUGCAGCAGCUGCGGGAUCUUCAGGAGAUGGUCCGGAUCCAAGACGUCCUCAUCCUGCCCCGACGAUCAUUUGCGGUCCUUCAAGGCGAGGACCAGACGGCGCCUGACGUGCUGGUCAAACAUUAUUUCUCGGGGAGUUGGAAGACGUGCGCCCGCGAGUGGCUCCGCUGGCUCUGGCCCGGAGGGUGUUGA